AUGCCAGUGGACCCCACCACUCAUCAGCGCGACCGCUUCAAGCCGCGCAAGGACAAGGCGUUGCUCCUCAACGCGGGCCGCCUUAUGGAACGUCGCGAGAACCGCGAGCUCGACGAGCUGACUGCUCAGAUCGCCUCGCUCGAAAAGCAGCUCGAGGAAGCACGCGCUGCGAGCGCCUCAACUGCGGCUUUGUCGACGACGACUGGCGGAUCGGCGGUCAAGCAGCUGCAGAAGGAGGUCUCGGAGCUCAAGUGCAAGCUGAGCGAGGCGGAAGCCGAACGCGACGCAGCCACGUUCGCGAAAGAGUCACUCGAGCGUCAAGAUAGUCGUCAGGGCGGCGGUGGAGGCGAAGGCGGCAGCAAGCAGCUGCAGCGCGAAUUGGAGGAGUCGGCGAAGCGCCUCAAAGCGGUCGAAGCGGAGCUUGAAUCGGCGAGGCAGGAGGCGAGGAAGCUGCAAGAGCAGCAGGUCAGGUCGUACGCUGCGAACGGGCGUAAGAUGGAUGCGGCGGAAAGGGCGGAGUACGAGGAGGCGAUGGAGAGGGUGAACGUCCGGCUGCAGACGCUUGAGGAGAAACUCGCCGAGGAGGAGAAGCGUACCGAGAUCGAGCGGCACAUCGAGCGUGCCAGGCAGGCGACGCGGCGAGCUGAAUCGGCGGAGGACAACCUAGCGAACGCUCGCGCGCUCGCUCAAACGGCCAAGUCGGCGCAGAAGGAGGUUACUGCACUCAAGAAGGAGAAAGAGCAGGUCGAAGCGCGCCUGAUCGAGCUCGAAAGGACUUGUGCCGACCUGCAGCGUGCCCUCAGCGAGACGCAGGACGACCUCGCGGAGGAAAAGGUGCUCGUCGGCCGGCUGCCGCGCGAGGCGCAGCAGAGGUUGGGGCAGGCGGAGAAGCGGCAUCGCGAGGAGGAGCAGCGCCUGAAGAAGCAGUUGGCGACCAUCACGGAUCGCUGCGCGCUCAUCUGCCAAACCCUACAGCUUAAGGAGGCCGAUGUCGCGACCAUCUUCACCCGCGGCGAUACGCCUCUCGGACGCGACCUGUGCAAGCAUGGCCUGCGAGGCAUCUGGUCCGCAUACCGCGACGCACAGGACUCGGUCGUCUUCCUCAAGACGCAGGUCUCGUCGCUCGCCUCCAAGGUCGAGGACCUCCAGGCUCAGCUCGACGAGCAAGACCAUCAGUCCCUCCCCGGCUCAUGGCCUGGCACGGACGACGCUGCCGCUGCCAAAGCCGAGAUCGACAGGCUCAAAGGCGAGCUGCACGCCGCCACGCUCGAGCUGGCGAACGAGAAGACGCGAAGCACCGAGCUUCGCACUCAAGCUGCCGCUGAGUCGGCGAGCCUUCGCGAACGCAUUGCGCGUCUUGAAGCACAGUGUCCCGCAACUCCUCGCUCGGAGAGUGCUGCCCCAACCGCUUCUUCGACCGCCCAGUCCCGCCUUGUCAUCGAACGUCUCACCAAGACUGUCGAGGAGCUCAAUAAGCAGAAUGCGGUCCUGAGGAACGAGAACACAAACCUCCUCCUUCAGCUUGUCGGUGCCGACUGA